CUCCGUGAUGAAAUUCUCCUCCGGGAGAUGGAGCGCCUGGUCAUCACCAAGCCAGUGCUCAAGAAGGAUGAUAUUGCGCUCUACGAGGCCUUAGUGGAGCGCGCACGAGAGCAGCAGCACUACCACAUGCUGGCCCAGGAGCUCAAGCAGCCCCGCGCACCGCUGCGCGAUGGCUGUCUCGUGUGCAAUGGAGCACAUUGGGUGAAGGAUUGCCCCACCGCUAGUGAGGCAGACAAAGAAGCAGCCCUAAAACGAAUGAAUGACAUGAAGAACCAGCGCUUGCGUGCGAAGACUGUGCGAUCAAUUGGGCAGCCCGGUGAGCGUGCAGCCAUUUGGAAUGGCAUAUUGGAGGUGCCUUUCCGAGCCGACACUGGCGCUGACUACGACGUGAUUACCCGCCACAUUGCGCAUGAACUGAGGAACCUGGAUGAUGACCUCGUGGUGGAAGAGCUCAAUGUGCCGAUGGAGGUUGAAGUGGCAGACGGACGGCUCGUUCCUUGGACCGAGAUGUGUGAAGUUGACGUGCAGCUAUUAACGGCUGCCGGUCCGGUCAAUCUGCGCAGAUUACAGUGUGUAGUGAUCGAUGGAGAUGCGGAUGAGUUCUUACUUGGUGAUCGACCUCUGAAGUCGCUUGGGAUCAGCGUUGAGCGCCUCGCAGCCAAAGGUGCCCCCGAGGAGGACGAGGAUGGUAUACCGGAGGAUGACAUCGUGGGCGCGACCAACCUGGAUGAAAUCAUGGACCGACUCGACGUAAUGUUGGACGACGCUGUCAAGGCCGGGUUUCCACACAAAUUUAAGGAUGCGCUGCGAGAUGUCACCAAGGAAGAAGUUGAUCUAUGGCGGACGAAGCUAGGCGCAGACCCACCCGCCAAGCUCGAGCCACUGCGAGUCGUAUUGGUCGACGGCUCCACACCGUAUCGAACGAAGCCU